CCCUCUGUUCUUCUGCUUCUUCUUCCUCUUCCGCAUUCUCUUUCUAUUUCUUUUCCUCUCAAUUUCUCUCGCUACUUCGCUUCAGAGUUUGGCCGAGAGGGAGAGGGAUCAGUAAUGGCGGCACUUAGUAAGUGGUCUUCUCUGUCUCUGUUUGGCCUUGCAAUGGUGUUCUUCGUAACAAUCGCUGUGAUUCGCAAGGGAGAGACGUCUGAAGUUAGGGUGCAGAAUGAUGAUAUGGAGGAAGAACUCAACAAUGAACAUGCUGUGGAUAAUCCUGACGAGAUUGCUGCCUCUGUUGAGAUGAGCAUCCGUAAUAGCACUGAAAGGAGGAAGUUGGGAUACUUCUCUUGUGGAACAGGCAAUCCCAUUGAUGACUGCUGGCGUUGUGACUCAAAUUGGCACCGAAACCGUAAACGUCUAGCUGAAUGUGGCAUCGGGUUCGGUCGGAAUGCUAUUGGUGGUCGUGACGGUCGUUUCUAUGUCGUUACUGAUUCGAGUGACCACGAUCCAGUGAACCCGAAGCCAGGGACUCUUCGUCAUGCUGUCAUUCAAGAGAAACCUCUUUGGAUUGUGUUCAAAAGAGACAUGGUGAUUCAAUUGAAACAAGAACUCAUCAUGAACAGUUUCAAAACCAUUGAUGCUCGAGGAGUCAAUGUACAUAUUGCCAAUGGCGCUUGCAUCACAAUCCAGUUUGUGACUAACAUCAUUAUCCAUGGUCUUCACAUCCAUGAUUGCAAGCCCACAGGGAAUGCCAUGGUGAGAAGCUCUCCAACUCAUUUUGGGUGGAGAACCAUGGCUGAUGGAGAUGCCAUUUCCAUCUUUGGAUCCAGCCAUAUAUGGAUUGACCACAAUUCGCUCUCUAAUUGUGCUGAUGGACUUAUUGAUGCCAUUAUGGGCUCAACCGCUAUCACAAUCUCCAACAACCACUUCACUCACCACAAUGAGGUGAUGCUUCUAGGGCAUAGUGAUUCCUACACAAAGGACAAGCAAAUGCAAGUCACCAUUGCUUAUAACCAUUUUGGCAAGGGGCUCAUUCAAAGAAUGCCAAGGUGUAGGCAUGGCUAUUUCCAUGUGGUGAACAAUGACUACACUCAUUGGGAGAUGUAUGCCAUUGGUGGUAGUGCCAACCCCACCAUCAAUAGUCAAGGCAACAGAUAUGCAGCUCCAUCCAACCCUUUUGCCAAAGAGGUGACUAAGCGAGUCGAAACGCUGGAGAGCAAAUGGAAAGGCUGGAAUUGGAGAUCAGAAGGAGAUAUGUUACUAAACGGUGCAUAUUUCACCCCAUCCGGCGCCGGAGCUUCAGCAAGCUAUGCCAGAGCCUCAAGCUUAGGAGCCAAAUCUGCUUCCAUGGUAGGCUCCAUCACUUCUUCUGCAGGUUCUCUCCCAUGCCGCCGAGGCCAUCCCUGCUAGAACUUCACCUCUCCAUCAUUUUAACUUCAACCCCAAAUGUUAAAAAGCCAUAGAACAUAAAAGCCUUAAACUCCAUGAUUACACAUUCAUUUUUUUCCUUCAAACCCAUCAUUCCACCAUUGUUGUUCAUCUGUUGGUUCGCUCAACCUCGGCCUGCUUCAGCUGAAAAGAGAACGCCGCCGUGUUAGGUAGUAGGGGGCAGGUGCAGAAGCGUUGUUCUUCUUCUUCUUCCUCCUCCUCCUCUGUUCUUCACCAACUUAACCCAUCUUCCCAUCUCUGUCAGUCAUUCUGUGAUGUCACCCUAUGUUUGUUGAGUCCAUGAGAGAGAGAGAGAGAGAGAGACAGCUUAAAGAAGAUCAUAAAAGUUAGCAGUGAUGUUAUUAUGUUUUUGUCAGUUUUCUUGGCCUUUUCUCUCCUUUACUUAGUGGGCAAUGUUAAGUUUUGGUUACAGUUGGUUUGUUUAUAUACUCAUUAUUGUGCCCUCUCCAUUUGUUUGUGAUCUGCCAGCAUUUUUAUUAUAUAGCAUGUGCUUUGUAGGGCCUAAACUGCCCCUUUUCCCCAAA